UUAUUUGACAGCGAAUAGUUAAAACAAAGCAGAAAACAAAAAAAAUGUCAUCAACACCAGCUGAAGAAAUUGAAUUAUUAGAGCGUGUGCUAUUGCGUUUGGGCUGUGCCGACAGUGAUGAAAAAUUGGAAGCUAUUGUGGGACGCUUUUUGACGCCGGUUAUAUUGAAAAUCUCCUCACCGCAUGAUGCGGUGCGCACAAAGGUCGUUGAAGUGCUGACGCAUAUUAAGCGAAGAGUCACUUCACGCCCCUUGGUGCAAAUACCAGUUGAAGCGCUAUUAGAUCAAUACUCUAAUGCGGGCAAUUCACCAUUUUUGCUCAAUUUCGCCAUUAUUUUCAUAACAAUGGGUUUUCCGCGUCUCAACAUAGAGCAACAGAGCGCACUGGUGCCUAAAGUGCUAGUCUGCGAGGAAAAGCUGGAGAAUUAUCGUGAUAAACUCUUUAUGCUCGUAUUGCCAAUUUUGAGCGACAUAAAACUACCAGAUGAUCCCGCGCGCGUAAACGAAGUCUUGAAGUUGGACGACAAGCCAACAGUACGUAAGAAUUUUCUACAAUUACUACAAGACGUUUUGCUGCUACCGUAUGGUGUUACACAGGAGCAAGAUGUGCUACCACCUGGCAUGAGUUUUUAUUCGUUUAAACGCGCUGCCGUUAGUAAUUGGAAGGCUGAAGAGCUGGAGAAGCCAUAGUAUCCAAAGUGGCAAAAGUACUGCUUACCGGUAUCAUCAAAGUGAGUGGUCGCGAAUCGAACGAAGCACACGAUGUGCAAAAUGCUGGGCUCUCCGCACUCGCACAAUUAGCGCGCACCUGUCCGGAGGUCAUAAAUCAGGAUUUGAAAGUGGUGCUUGCAUUUUUCAAUCAUUUAGCCAAUGCAUCAGCUGAUCUACAAUCAUCCAUACGUGAUGCUUUGGUCGCCAUGGCRCCAGCAUUUGCUUGGAAGUCACAAAAGUCUGCCGAACAGGCGGAAAAUCUCGAGGAGAAUGUACAACUAAGUGGACAACAACAUUUGUUAUUGGCUAUGCUCUCGGAUAAUGUUGAAUCGAAGCAGCAAAUCGUGCAGAAUGCCACAAGCGUAUUUCUCACCACUUGCUAUCCCGAAUAUUAUGCGCCUGCGCGUCUCUUAUUGCUGCUAAUUGCAGGCGAGCGUAAUCACUUGCACGACACCGUCACCACUUACCUGUAUGGCGUUUCAAAGAAAGAUCAUGUUGACUACAACCUAAUCUACUCUGUGGAAUAUGUGGAGCAACCAAAAGACGAUUUCAAUCAAUUAUCAACUGAACGGCGUCCGAUUGUGUUGCCCAGCUUUAAAAGCAUCAUGCAACAUGUUAGUCAAAUGGCUGAAAGACGUUUGUUGAAGAAUUAUGGUUGCGAGACAAUUAGUAAUGUGAAAUUGGCAUUCAGUCAAACUGUUUACGAAGAGAUAUUGGAUUACUUGCGYAUCUGCCUCUGGUACUCGGCUGGCGCACGCGCAUCGCCUGGCGAUGAGAAGGCGGCAGCCAAAUUGAAGUCGUAUAUAGCCGAAAAUUAUGAGGAAAGCGAACAAAAUGAGCUGCAUCAAUAUGUGCUAUUCGUUAAGCGUUAUGUGGAGGCCAAACGAACCGAGGUGAACUUGCUCUGCCUUUAUGAUUUACUAAAUGUUGCGCCCGAGCUGCUGACCCAAUCGCACAUGCAUCUGCUUACACCACUAUCGAAUUCUUUAAAGGAUGUCUCGGAGACAAUGCGUGCGCAUGUGGCUCAGGUCUAUGGCAUACUCUUGGCCCAUGGCUGCAAGGACAAGGAGUUUGAUGCACAAAUUAGCGAAUGUCUCAGAGAGUUGCCACAAAAGUCGCUAGAAAAUAAGCAUGGUUGGAUGCUGGUCUUGGGUCACUCCUUCAGUCGUAAACUCGCGUUGUUAAAGGGCACAUCGGCCAAGCAACUGCAUGAAUGGGAUGUUUUCGUUAAUACAGUGAAAGUUAUAGUUAAAAUGAUGCACGAAUCACAGUGGCUSUUAGUUGCCGCUGCCGUCAAAUGUAUUUCGAUGAUCGGCAAAAUGGCCAUCAUACCAAAUGUCGAAGUGGAAAUACUAGUGCCCGUCGCUGCCGACAAAAACGACGAUGACGACAACAUUGAAUACGAGACCGCUAAAGCCUCGACAAAGCUGCUGAUUUAUCAUGACAUUUACACACUGUUGCGCAAUGUUUCAGUGCGCGCACGCGUACGUGAGGAUGCUGCGCGUUGUCUCGGCUAUUUGGCCAUUGGCGAUGGUGAAUUCUUUACACAACGCAAUUUGGAUAAGUUUUUGGCAAUUAUAAAGACACAAAAGGAUGUUGCUUUGAAUAUUGCCAUUUCGGAAGCAAUGGUGACCACAUUGAACGGUUAUGAUAUAAACGCUAGCGAUGAUUUCGCUAACAAACAUAAGAGUAAUCCGUAUUGUAAUGAUGAAAUGUUUGAGAAAUUUAUGAUGUCGCUGGUGCGUUUGGUGCCAGAGCCAAAUGUGCAUUCGAGACAGGCCUCAUCAGUUUGGCUACUGGCAUUGAUCAAAAAUUGCAGCCACCGACCAGCUGUGCUUAAGAAUAAAGAAAUCUUGCAAUUUGCAUUCACCGAACUGCUCUCCGAUGAUAGCGAGUUCGUGCAAGAUGUUGCCUCGCGUGGCUUAGGACUUGUCUACUCACUUUCGGAUACCAACAGUCAAAAUGAUUUGGCCAAUUCGCUUUUGGACCAAUUGAUCGGCGGCAAACGACAAGUAAAUAAAGUCAGUGAGGAAACGGAGCUCUUCGCUGAAGGCAUGCUGGGCAAAACGCCUACUGGUGGCAACAUAACCACCUACAAGGAACUCUGCUCACUCGCUUCCGAUCUCAAUCAACCCGAGAUGGUCUAUCAAUUCAUGCAAUUGGCCAAUCAUAAUGCCGCUUGGACCAGUAAACUGGGCGCUGCUUUCGGCUUGAAAUCGAUAAGCGCUGACUCGAAAGCCAAAAUGCAACCCUACCUUGGCAAGAUCAUACCGCGUCUGUAUCGCUACAAAUACGAUCCAACRCCGAAAAUACAAAACUCAAUGAUUUCCAUUUGGGAUUCGGUCGUAAGCGAUCCGAAAGAGUCGGUGGAAAAGUAUUAUUGGGAAAUUUUGCGAGAAAUAUUGGACAAUUUAACGUUCACCGAGUGGCGUGUGCGCAUCGCUUGCUGUUUGGCAGUACGUGAUUUGCUCAAACGRCCGAAUGGUUUGCGCUUGCGCAGUGAUGAAAAGAAACUGGAUGCCAUACGGCAGAGUAAGGCUGAAAAUGAGGCGAAUAAAAGCGUCGCCAACACACCUAUGGAAGUUGAUGAAAUACCCGAGCCGGAACUGCAAGAGCUAUGGGCGCAAUUGUUUCGCGUCAUGGACGACAUACACGAGGGCACGCGCUUAGCAGCACAAGGAUCUGUAUUAUUUUAUUCUCGACUUUAGCUCUGUGUCUCAGCCGCUUCAUCGGAUCACGGCAAAUCCGGUCUGGCAGUCGCCUCUUCCAUUUUACCGCUACUACUACAGACUGGCGUUACACACACUGUCCCAGAUAUACGUAAAAUCAGUAUUCGUACAAUUUCGGAAAUGAUCGACUCGUCGGGUUCAUUAAUUGCGCCGCAUUUGCCCAUGUUGAUACCGUGUCUACUGAAGGCCACCGGUGAGGUGGAGAACUSUAAGCUGUCGUAUUUGUCAACACGCUUGGGUGCAGAUAAUGAGGCGCAAGAAGCUGUGGACACAGUGCGCGCUGAGGCAGCCAAAUCGCAUCAUACUAUGGAAUCGAUAUCGAAGUGCAUGCGUUAUAUAGAUUACAAAGUGCUGGAGGAGAUGACGCCCGCCGUUUUAGAGUUGAUCAAAACGAAUAUUAUUUUAGGCACGAAGAUUGCUUGUGCGCAUUUCGUCUGCUUGAUCAGCAUACGCGUUGGCAAAGACAUGUCGCCGCUUGUCGGCAAAUAUCUCGCUGCCUGCUUUGUGGGCCUGAAAGAUCACAAUGCCACCGUGCGCAAAUACUACGCGAAUGCCGUGGGUCACUUGGUGGGCAUAGCUAAGGAGAAGUCAAUUAAGAAUCUCUUCGUCAAGCUCGAUGAACUCUACAUGGAGAAUUCGUCAAAUCGUUCAGUGCCACUCGCUAUACAAGCGAUUAAUAAGCGUCACAACGAUUUACUGAAAGACUACCUCGACGAUGUAUUGCCGCUGGCAUUCUUCGCCAAACACGAGGAACCAAACGAUGAGAACAAAUCGAAUAUUGAGCUGUGGAAGGAGUUGUGGAACGAGAUUAGUCCCGGUGAUGCCGGCAUACGCAUGAAUUUGCAUGUUAUCAUACCGAAAUUGGAGAAGUCCUUAGAUGAGGCYAGUUGGCUGCGUAAGACACAAGCCGGCAAUGCUAUACACACGAUCGCUAUGCGUCUCAGCGGCACCAUAGAGUCGGAGCAACGUCUGCGCUUAAUCAAUUUGCUGCUUGGCGAGCUGCAAGGACGCACAUUCAAGGGUAAAGAGCGUUUGCUGCAAGCCUUGGCYGCAUUGUGUAAGGGACUCGAUCGUCAUMAUGAGAUUACGGCACGCGUAGUGGACGCCGCAAUGCGUGAAUGCCGCAAGGAGGAGCCGCAAUAUCGCACCUUGGCGCUGCAGGCAUUGGGCGAUAUACUGGAAGAGCUCGAGGUGGAUCGUUUUGAGGAAGUCUACAACAUGAUCUGGUAUUUGUUGGAGGAGAAGGAAUUGCGCAAAGAGGAAAGCGAAGUGGUGGGCGAGAAAGCGCUAACCGCCGAUGAGCGCAAUAAACGCGCYACCAUUUUCAAUAAACUAAAGGAGACGGUUUGCGAGACUUUGGGCAAGUCMUGGCCRAAGCAUGGCGUCGAAACGCAWUACAAAUAUCAGCUGCAAUUUGUCGAGCGUUGCUUGUUGUGCUUGCGCAGCAGCACGCGCCCCGUGCAAGUGAGCUUGUUGGGCGCGCUUUGCAAGUUUGUGGAGCGUUUGUGCGUGUUUGCUAGCGAUAGUGCACCGCCGGCGCUGCCCGGCAAUCAGGAGAAGAAGGUGAAGGUGGACAAUUGUGAGGCGCGCGAUAUGAUUGUGGAGAAAAUCUGCAAUCAAGUGCUAUCGGCGGUGAUUUAUGCAUCAGCUCUGCCGCACACCGGCCUCAAGAAGGAAUCGCUCAACAUUGUAUUAGUGCUCAUUAAACGCUUAACCGAUGCCAAAGACGUAAAAAAUCUGACGCUGGUGAAAAGCGCUUUCGAGGAGAAUUUAGCGAACUUCCAAAAGGAUCCGACGCCCGAAGUGCGCUGUCGGGUCAACGAUAUUGAGGAGAAAUUCAGCAAGUUCACUUUCAAGGACGAUUGAUAAGCAUUGCAGGCGAUCACUGUAAUUGUGGUUUGACGCUUCUAAAAGUGGCCGUUGACGUCACAAAUACUUACAUACAGAAAUGCAUAUGAAUAUAUAAAAUACAGACGAUUUGAGUUAAUAAAACUAAUUAKAUUAUAUCAAUAAA